AUGAGGAUAUCAAUACCCUCGAUUCCCGAGCAGGCCACUCGGGCGACAAUCGAGUACAGUCUGGAGAAUGCCUCGAGAAUGGUGGCUGAGUUUCUCUCCACGGCCAAGGGCAAGGCGCUUAUCAUGACAGGCGCAGGCGUCUCUGUCGAUUCGGGUAUUGCUCCCUACCGCGGAGAGAACGGGCAUUAUACGGUUCAUAAAACGUAUCGUCCAAUCUUCUACCACGAGUUCAUCGACGAUUCCGAAAAAGGACACCUGGCAAGACAACGGUACUUCUCUCGCUCCUACCUCGGUUUCCCACCAGUGCGCGUAGCGCAACCGAAUCGAACGCACUACAGCAUAGCAGCAAUACAGCGGCUAGGAUACGUUCCAGAGUUCAUAACGCAAAACGUCGACAACUUGCAUCAUGCAGCGACACCCUCUGCGUCCCUGGCGGCAAGCACAAUUCUCGAACUGCACGGCACGCUCAAGCGCGUAGUCUGCGUGUCGAGCCCCGAGGGAUACAAUGCCAGCAACCACAGCGUACCUGUCAACCCGGAUUUCUACGAAGCCCUCACGUCGACAUCCUACCUGCGAGGGCCGAGAGCGGUCUCUGUACGCCCGGAAAACACACCGACAGGCGAAAACUACCCCAAAGGGUGCGGCUUCCGUGGAUCUCGUGCCGUGUUCCAGGACGAGCUGACACGGCUAAACCCGGCAUGGGCGCAGCUGCAGCGCCAGAUGGCCGAGACGGGCAAGAGUCCCAAAACGAACCCAGACGGCGAUGUUGAGCUGCACAAUGUCGACUACAGCACGUUCCACUACCCGGCCUGCCCCAACUGCGGCGGCGUACUCAAACCGGCUGUGAUCUUCUUCGGUGAAUCGGUGCCAGACAAGCUGCGCGACCACUCGUACCAGAUGGUGGACAACGCCAGUGCAAUGCUACUGGUGGGCACGAGCUUGGCGACGUACUCGGCAUUUCGACUGGUCAAGCAAGCUGUGGAACAGAAGAAGCCCGUUCUCAUCUUGAAUCGUGGACCAACGCGUGCGGAUCCGCUUGUAGAGAACAAGAUCGAGCUGGGCUCUUCCGAGGUGCUCUCACGCGUGGCGCAACAGCUGAGCAAUGGGCGGGAGCGGAACGACAAAGUGCUGCAAAGCUUGCUGUCUUCGGGCGUUACUGUCAGACCGAACGAGGCCAGUGGCGUGAUCAGCAGCUAA